AUGAGGCCCAAGCCAUCAGAAACGCCACAAGCCAACAACAAGAAGGGGUUAUGGUCACCUGAUGAAGACCUAAAGCUAAAAAGCUUUAUCAUCAACCAUGGUCGUGUUGCCUGGAAAUCCGUCCCUAUUUAUGCCGGUCUGCAGAGGGACGGAAAGAGUUGCAGAUUAAGAUGGAUUAAUUAUCUGAGGCCAGGAUUAAAACGAGGACCAUUUUCGUCACAAGAAGAAAAAACCAUUUUGACCCUCCACGCAUCGUUAGGCAACAAGUGGUCUCGGAUAUCGCAGCAUUUGCCUGGAAGAACGGAUAACGAGAUAAAGAAUCACUGGCAUUCUUACCUCAAAAAAAGACUUGCCAAACCAGAUGCUCCUCCUGAACUUGAAAAUCACACAAACUCGAGCUUAUCUGCUGACAUCACCAACAGUUCGUUUACUGACAUGGAUCAGUCGGUCCCACUAGUUUCUCACGUCAGCAGGUUAUCUGUUGACUGGACCAGCCAAGAUCAAGAGUUUCAACAGGACUUUGACCGGUCCACUGAUCAUCUUAGCCAUGGCUACCAGCAUAACGAAGGAUCAAGAGAUAACAGUGAGACUCAAAACUAUCUAAAUGAUGGUUCAAACGAAGAUAUGUUUGAUACCCAGAUCGCAAAUGACCAAAUUUUUGACUUCCAUGUUGAAGAUUUUAACAUAGACGAUAUUUUAAUGUAUAUCUAA